CUGCGUGCCCGCAAGCGCGUCCUGUACGAGCUGCAUGUAGAUGAGGGCAAGCUGUCCAAGAUAGACAGGCUGGAGGAGAGUCCGCUGCUGCUCCAGAUACUGGACUUGGCCAAGGAGCAGGAGCUGCCCGUCAGUGGAUGCCCACAACCCGCCUGCAUCAGUGGUGCGGUGGAGCAAACCACCAGGGUGUGUGCCUUGAUGUGUCCCAGCUUCCUGUUCUGCAAGGCGAAACCUUGUUGGGCUCCUUGGACAAAAGUGAUGUUGGGGAGAACCCUGGCAGGCCUCUGUGGCUCUUCAUGGACAGGAUACAGGAUCCAAUGAACUUUGGUGCUGUCCUCCGAUCGUCAUGCUAUUUUGGUGUACAGAAAGUUUUCGUGCCUGGCAAAGACAGUUGCCGUCUGUCGCCAACGGUGAGCAAGGCAAGCUCGGGUGCACUGGAAUUGAUGGACCUGUACGUUCUGAACGCACCGGAGCAAUUCAUGACGGAACUGAAGGCGAGGGGCUGGUGGAUUAUGGGAACGUCUAGUUUUUAUGACUCCAAAAGGCAUGCGUCGCACAGUGAAAGCGUCAAGCUCACGUGGGACCUGCCGCCACCUGACAAGCCUCUGUUGCUGAUUGUUGGUAAUGAGGGCCUAGGGAUACAGCCAGAGCUGUCUGCCCUCUGCGACUCUGUCCUCUGCGUGGCCCCUGUCAGUGAAGACAGUCCCAUCGGCAGCCUCAACGUCUCCGUGGCAACGGGAAUAGUGCUACAUCACCUAUCUCUGUCUCGACGGUCGUGAGGGUGCGACACCGAGAGCCCCUACUACAGACAAAGCCAUCGCUCGUUUGCGGGACACAACCUGGACGAGUUUCAGGUGAUGUUCUGCACACAGGCAGGUGACCCAGGUUUCCCCAGCUGGUGACCUUGACAGCCAGGAUGGAGGACCCUGCUUGACCUACUGCUGCGGCUUGCACAAAGUGGCUUCUGGUCAUUGCCCUGUCCUGGGACACUUCCUGGUCAUUGCCCUGACCUAGGACAUUUCCUGGUCAUUGCCCUGUCCUAGAGCACUUUUACAUGCCACACAGUUGAUACGAGAGUGGUGGGCCAUGUGCAGUUCCCCUUGCUGCAGGUUCUGGUGUGAACAGAAUACAGUAGACUCUCGGUAAACGGAAGCCUGUUAAAUGGAACUGGUGCUAAAUCGAACAACUGCCCCUAAUAUGAUUGGUUUCAUACACUCAAACCUCAUUAUAACAAAAUCACAUCUGACACGAAAAUAGGAUCGUUAUAUCCAAAAAUUCGUUAUAAAUGUAUAUUUGUAACACUGUAUUUAUGACAAGACUAUUCUUCAUUUACUUCGUUAUAACCGAUAAUUCGUUAUAUCCGUGUUUGUUAUAUUGAGGUUUGAGUGUACUUGGAUUCUGCAGCCCUGCUCCUGUCUUAGUAAACGGAACUCCUUUUAAAUGGAGCAUGUUUUCCUGGUCCUUUCAGCUUCCAUUUAAUGAGAGCCUACUGUAUCUCGUUAGGGUUGUAGUUGUAGUUGCAAAAGGCAAAGCUAGAAGGGAUACUAAAGAGAACCACGAAAUCAUUUUAUGCUAAUAAUGUGUUCUUUCGAAACCCUAAUUUCAUUGCUUUUGCUCUGAUUGGUUAACUAGCAAAACAUGAAAUAAAGCAAAGGUCAGUUUCACAUUUUGAAUUUCACAUUGAAAACAUGUCAGUGCGAUGCGUUGGAUCUGCAGGGCUGUGCUUCAGUAAAUAUUCCCAAAUAUUGUUUCUAGAAAAAAAUAAAUUCCGGCCUAUCUCUGCCAGAAAAAAAAAAAGUUAUCUUAGACUGG